CUGCAUUAAGACCCUCACCAGUGUCACUGUCAGUAUCACACACACAAUCACUCGCUGAGAUGGAGAGGCCAAGACUUGCUGUCAUCGUGCUCAUGUAUGUCUUACUGUUCUGUCAGAAAAGCAUCGAUGGAGAAGAAGUGGAGAUGAAAGUCAGACCAGGAGACAACAUCACUCUCUACUGUGAUCGCUCUGUAACUCUUGGUUAUAUCAUUGUAUGGAUAAGAAACUGCUCUCAUGAAAAUCAACCCUCUCUCAUAAUACAUUUUAUGCAAGGGUUUAGAUGGGGCCUGGAGGCAUUUCAGCGAUUCAACUUUAUCCACAACCGUUAUAAUAAUUCUUAUGAUCUAUAUAUCACUAACAUCAGUGUCUCUGAUCUGGGAACGUACUACUGUGCAAAACUAGAGAAUAAGGUAAAUCAAGAUGAAAAAGGCAUCCUCUCCUCAUCAGAAGUGUACUCUUAUGGAAACCGAACAACUCUUCUCUCUCUGGAAGUGACUUCCUGUUCUGAACCCUCUGCACCUCCUGACUGUCUGCUCUGCUGGACGCUGCUGUUCAGUGUGUGUCCGGUGUGUGUUCUCCUCUCCUCCAUAUGUGUGUUAUGCCUCUGUUGUAAGAAAACUACAGAUGCUGCGACAGAUCAGAAAGACAAGUUAAAAGCUAGAAAUACAGUUGAGUGCGUGGAUGAAGAGGUGUGUUAUGCAUCUUUAGACGUGAUAACCAAGAGACAAAAACAACGCAAGACAAAGCGAGUGCAGAGUUCUGACUUCAGUACUUACGCUCAGGUCAGAACACAAACUGAAGAGACCUAAAACAGAACUGAGGUGGAUUCUGAAACUUUACAAAUAUAAGAAAAGUUACAGGUUUCAUUGUCAUGUAACAUCACAAGGUUGAUGACGUUUUAUGUAAAAUAUAUGUAAUUAAAUACUUGGAUACUUUUUUCACUCAUUGAUUUUUUUAUUUUUUAAUUUGAGCUAAAUAAUUCAAACCUGUAAAGUUGUUACUCUGGUACUCAGUGCAGUAAAAAAAAAAAAAAAUUCUCCUUUAAUAAAAGUGUGUUAGUACAGUCUUUGUGGACACAGUGAUGAUCUGAAUAACAGGAUGUGCAAGUAGGUUUCCUGUGUGAAGUGGUGUUCAGUUUAAGGUAGGAAAUAUUUCUCUUAAACUGAGUAACUGCAGCAUUUAUCCGACACAAUUCUACAAUUAGCCCAGUUUCCCCAAAACACACUCCAUGCUGAGUAGGUUAGUGUGUUUGUUUAACAGCUUGUGGCCAGAAAAUAGGCAGUCUUAAAACUAUCCAUCUUAAUACUAUAAAGAAAAAAGACAGACGUCCACAUUAGUUACUCCUCCAGCCCGAUUGACUCAGUGGUAAUACACAUUCUUUGUUUUUUUCUUUUUAGUACUUUCCUUCAGACUGGUGCAUGUUAGAUCUACCUGUUUACUAAUUGAGCAUUUGAUUUAACAGUUAAAAUCAAAUUGAAAUCAAACAAAAAAUAGAAUCAAAUAUUCAAAGCAUCAGAGUUUCUUUUCAAAGGGGUUUUACUCAAUAACACUGUUUUUCUCAAGAAAGGGUCUUGUAUUAUUCUCAGUUAAAAAGAUAUGAAUCUUAAACACAAAUUUUCCAUUCAGUUUAGUGCUUGUGUGCUUAUGAGAGAAAUAGGAAAGGAAAUAGGUAGGACAGAGGCUGAUGUGUAUAACUGCUUAUGUGGUGAGUUUGUGGUGAAUUUGGUUUGCAUGCAUGCAGUGUUUGCAAAAGACUUUCUUUAGACUCUGCAUGAUGAGGAAGAAUCACAUCUCUCAGAAUGAAUCAUAAAGAGCAGGUUUUAGUUUUUGCAAGACAGCACUUUGGUCAUUUCCGUAUUAC